AUGUGUACCGGACAAUGUGCUCGCUGCCUGGGGCUCUCCCUCAUCCCUCUCUCCCUGAUCUGCAUCAUAGCCAAUGCACUCCUGCUGGUACCUAAUGGAGAGACUACCUGGACAGACAACCUCAGCUUGCAAGUCUGGCUCAUGGGUGGCUUCAUUGGAGGAGGCCUGAUGGUGCUGUGUCCAGGAAUCGCGGCCGUCCGCGCAGGGGGGAAGGGCUGCUGUGGUGCAGGUUGCUGUGGGAACCGCUGCAGGAUGCUUCGCUCCGUGUUCUCCUCUGCCUUUGGGAUACUUGGUGCCCUCUACUGCCUCUCGGUGUCGGGAGCGGGGCUUCGAAUCGGACCCAAAUGCUUAAUAAACAACGAGUGGGGCUACCACUUCCUAGAAACCCAAGGCUCUUACUUGCGCAAUGACACUCUAUGGGAUCUAUGUGAGAAGCCGCCUAAGGUGGUACCCUGGAACGUGACACUCUUCUCUCUGCUGGUGGUCGCCUCAAGUCUGGAAGUAGUGCUGUGUGGAAUACAGCUGGUGAACGCGACCGUGGGCACAUUCUGUGGCGACUGCCGGAAGAAGGGCACAGCUUAG